UGGUCAACGGUGUUGCACAAUGUAUGAUGCGUUCCCAUGCUUUUCAUGACAGUUUGUAGACUAGCAAACGGACAAAACGAAAGUGUUACUGCAGACAACGUUAUUAGCUGCAGACGACAACACCGAGCGCGAUUGCUUCGACCGGAUGUGAUGGAUUGUCUAGUGGUACGCGUGGCUAACACAUCUACCCGAAGGCGUGGUUUGUGGUUACUGUCGUAUCGUGAACCCGGACGAUAUCUCGUCUGCUUGUUUCUGUGAAGCGUCGAUACGUAAUCUGUGUAGAUUCACAAAGAGUUAUCAGUUGAUAUUGAGAGGCAGGCCUGUCGAUCACUGCACACGCAGAUAUGAGGUUGUUGCCAUCUUGUGUCUUCUUCGCGAUCGUUUUCUUGUUCGUGUGUGGCGACGACGUCGUUACCGUCGAGAAGCGGGCUCGUUGCGUAGCUCGAUGUACCGAAUACGACCAAACCAAGAAGAGUUCACCGUACAGUUGUCCUGCCCCUUCCUGUACAAUGGAGUGUGCUCUGCCGUGUAUGCAAUCUUAUCAGUCAUUGUCAGAGUGUCAAGCGAGCUGUACGUCAGUGGUUUGCAGUGAAAGCUGUGCUUUUAGAUUUGACACAAGUGACGCUACACCAGAGAAAGCCCGUUUGCCUAUCACUCCUGGGAGACUAAGAUUAGUGGAAGAAAGACUUGUGUGGGAAAGGAGCAACUACCAGUUUUACAAGAAUGAUGCUGACAGGCACAUGGGAGUUAUUUUUUUGCUACUUGGCUCUAGAGUCGUUCUGCUUGCCAAUGGAUCAAUAGAUGAGAGUCAUCUGAACUGGCAGGAUAUUCGACAAACGUUUGAAACAAGUGUAUCUGUUAAGGACGUAGAAAACAUGAUAAAACUCCACUGUGAUUACAGUUAUGUGUUUAAAGUGGCCGCCUUCAAUGAAUUGGGAGCUAGAGCGUACCAAAUGAGUGAUUCAUACACAGUUCUAGAGCUUCUGAACAAGAGCUGCAAUGCUUGGUAUCCACUUAAUAGUUCUCCUCCUUCAUACUGUCAGUCAAACACAGAUUUUAAGAGAACUCAACUUAAUCUUCAUGAUGAGAAUUCAGAAGAGCAGUUUUCGUUGUAUAAGUGGAAUGAUGAUUGUUCAAACUUGAAGGCUACUCGAGUCAUUAAGUGGAAACAACCAAAGAAUAUUCCUGACAACGUUUGCUACGAAAUUUAUGUAAAGUCAAACAAACAUGCAAUGGGGUCAAAAUGUGAUAUGAAUGAUCGCGUAUAUUAUAAAUUUGCUAAUGAGAGUGAGGUCACACUAGAGAUGUUAGAGCCAAACUGCAAUCUAUAUGUUUCGGUGUAUGCAGGCACUUUGAGCAGAUCAGUGCUGUCAGAUGACACCUUGAACUUCAAGCUGAAUCUAAAGAUAGCUAGCACAUCACCUGUAUGUGGUCAACCUUAUGGACAUAUCAACUUUACUGCCGAUGUUCAGUUUAAUGAGACAUCUGAGCUGUAUAUUGUUGUAUUGAGUUGGGUCAACCCACCUGGACCUGUUGACAGUUUCUCUCUUGAUGCACAUAUAAAAGGACAGUUCAAACCAUCUAUCAAAAUUCCUUCAGUUCACUCUUCUUUUCAUGUUUAUAAACAUCGACUGAAUGUUUCUCCAAACCGGUGUUUUGAAAGAAUUACUUUGUUGCCAACAUAUGAACUUAAAGGAUUUCAGUCGUCUACAAUUUCUGGUCUAUGUACUUCUUCUUUACGUCCUGACCCACCAUUUAAUGUCACAACUCAGGGAGCUCCAAAUUCUGUAACUGUCCGCUGGCAGGAGCCAUUAUAUAUUCACUCUCAUUAUCCAAUUAUUGGAUAUGUAGUGAAGUGGUCAUCACUAACAGAACAUAAUGAUGGAAACCUUGACAGCAGUUCAGCUCAUGUUGAAAGUGUUUCUACGAAAUCUACUGAGUACACUGUGACUGGACUAUUAUCAAAUCACCUUUAUCAUUUUCAAGUCAGUGCAUUAUCUGAUGCAGGCAACAGCACUUUCACGAAGUUACAAGGGCAAAGAACUUCGAGUGUUCCUUCUGAGUCUGGUGUUAAUGUUGCUCUAAUUGCCGGUCCAGUUGCUGCUCUUGUGUUUGUGGUUGUUCUCAUAGUUAUCAUUGCUGCUGUUGCCAUUGGAUCAGAAAAACGCAAAUAUAAUCAAUUUCUUACUCAAUUGGAACUGGACACAUUUCGACCACCUCAGCUUCCACUGGUUGAAGCAAUUAUGGAUGAAGACCCUGAUGAGUGGGAAAUUGAGCCAAGAAAUUUAAGUUUGCAAGAAGUGUUGGGUGAAGGCUUCUUUGGGAUAGUUUUAAAGGCAGAGGUUCGUCACCCAGGACCACCAAUUACAGCAAUUACUGUGCGACCCUUAGGGACUCUUUGUCCUGGCAAAGAAAGAAAAAUUAAGCCAGGGUGGUCCAAGUUCAGCCAGACAGUUGUAGCUUGCAAGAUGUUAAAAGAGAUGGGCACAAUGGAAGAUCAAAAGGACAUUUUAGAAGAAAUUAAACUUAUGAAGAGAAUUGCACAGCAUAAACACAUAGUAUCCAUUUUGGGCUGUAUUACUCUUUCUCAUCCUGUCUGUCUCAUUGUGGAGUUUUGUGAGCAUGGGGACCUGCUUCAAUAUCUCAGGAACAGCCGACCAGCUUGGCUACUGGCUGUAAAGAAUCGAAAUUCCAAGCAGAUUAAUAAUCCUUAUUCUGCAGUUCCAGGAACUUUGCGUGAUACAGAGGGCUAUGUACCAAUGGCAGCUGCUGCUCCAUCAACAUCUGAGAAGACUGCAGAAGGAAAGAAUGCAGACGAACAAGAACAAAUGGUGGACAUGGAAGAGAAAUCUGCCACUCCCAGACUAUCAUCGUUUGACCUCUUGUCAUUUUCAAGACAGAUUGCUCUAGGAAUGGAGUAUCUUGCAGAAAAAGAACUUGUUCAUCGUGACUUGGCAUGCAGGAAUGUGUUGGUUGCUGAGAACAAAUUACUGAAAAUCUCAGAUUUUGGGCUGACGAGAGCCGUAUACAAAGAUGCUACUUACACACAGAAAACAAAGGGGCGAUUGCCUCUGAAGUGGAUGGCAGUUGAAUCAAUUACUGAUCGGAUCUUCACAACACAGAGUGAUAUAUGGUCCUAUGGCAUUGUUUUGUGGGAAAUAUGCACUCUAGGUGGCUUUCCUUAUCCAACCAUAUCAAAUGAGCAGUUGUUGAAGAAAUUGCGUGAGAACUAUCGAAUGGAGAGACCAGAGAACUGUUCAGAAGAUCUGUACAGUGUCAUGCUGCAGUGCUGGCAUCCUGAUCCUGAUCAACGGCCAUCAUUCUCCUCUCUGGUUGCAGCUGUUGAUGCGAUGAUGAACACACAGAAAGCUGGUCUUUAUGUGGAUCUUAAUUUUGAUUCACACGGUCAAUACUGGAUGUCAGUCAGUGAGCUGGGUGACAGUGACUCAGAUGCUGAACCAGACAUACCUUUCCAGGAGACACAUCUUCGGCAGUCAUCGUUUGCUCAGAAAGGCAGUGAAAAUGGAACAACAUUAGGGAUUGCAAAGCAAGCUCUAAAACUAUCUGGUGUCAAUGAAGAAGAAAUUGAAAAUGACCCAUUCUUGAGACAAGUUUCGAAUAAAUCUUGUUACUCGCCCUCUGAGCAUGCACUAGCAGAAAAUGGCGUUUCAAUGAAAAUGAAUGGUGCCACUCAACGACAAGAGAAUGGCAAUACGACAGGAAAUGGUUAUGUUGCUAACGCAAGUGGCCAUGUAAUUGACCAUGUAACAAGUGUUUAAAAGAGGGAAGUUUUACUAGAAACUUUUAGGUGACAAAUAGGCAAAAAAGUUGUCAGCAUAAGCCUUCCUAUAAACGUAUACCCUCGUAGCAAAAUGUUGCCUAGGGCUCUAUCAGUAUAUAUAGACUUGGAGGUGCGGUAUCGAAUUCAUGAAUAUGCUGUGCUUGUGACUGUAGCUAAGCGAUGAAUGUUGUAGUAGAAAAUUAUACUGUAAACAGUUAACAAUAAUCAAUGACAACAGGUCUAAUAUAUUUGAACAACAAUCA